AAUUAUUGUAUAUACUCCGUCUUUCUUUCUUUUUUCUUUUUUUCUUUCUCCCUCUCUCACCCUCUUUCUCACCCUCUCAUUCAGGAUACUUUUAAUAAAGUAUUUUUUUCUUAACUGUGAAUUACAUACAUCGAUAUGAAUAUAUCGAAAAGCAAAUAAUAUACUUGCGUAACUUUCACCUUAGAACUUUUGUUAUAAAUGAUAUUCUAUAAAAAAGAAACAGCUGAAUCUUUUUCGACAUUGAAUUAAUUAUUUAAUAGGCGACUAUUUUUCGGCAGAAGAAUCUGUAAGGCGAUAGACUCUUGCAGAAUAAAGUAGGGAAAAGGAGAGUAAGAUGACGAAGUGGGUAAGAUGACGAAUCAUUAAUUUUUCUAAUUAACAGAUUUAUCGACCCGAUGUUCAACUCAUUAAAGGCUUUAGAUAAUAGUAGAUUAUCUGUUGUAGUUUGGUUUCAAUCGGUUCACAAAAGUGGAUAAUAUAAUAAGAAAUGUGUUUUAGGCAUAGCCAUGCGUAACUUUUUGGCACUGAUUUAUAGGGAAUGACGUUAUUAUAAUAGUAAAUACUUUUGGUUUUUAUAUAAAAUCAUCUAGUAUAGUUAAAAACGCACGUGCUAAUACAUUCAUAUUUGUAUUUCUUGCAGUGUAGACUUUUUAUUAAAUAAAUAAGUGAAUACUACGAUUGCGGACAGAUGACGCCAGAUGACGCAUUUAUACUUCCAGAUUAUGGUUAUACUGGUAAUCUGUAAAUAAAUUUUAUCAUAUGCAAUUUAAUGAUUUUGUUAUUUUUAUAAAAUAAAGUAGUUGUAGUAUUAAUAUAAUAUAUUGUUAAAUAAUAUAAUAUAUUGUUAAAUUAAAAAAAUUGGUGUUUAUACAGAUAAACAAUAAAUAAAUUACAUUGUCAAUUUGACUCUUUUUGCUAUACUGAAAGUUAUCUUAUCUAUAUAGGAAGACAAGAUUUGUACCUAGAAAUAAUAAUGCUUAUUUAUUAUAAAUGCUUAUUUAGUCUGAAAUUUUAUAUUGAUAAAAGUACAUAUAACCUAAGCAUGUUUAAGGUACAUUUGAAGUACCUAUAACUAAGGACUUUAUUUUUCUAAUACCUAUACCUGCACCUCGAUACAUUUUUUCAUAGUAUGCGCGAACUAUACUGCGAUACUUUUUUGUGAAUAAUAUUUUAUGAGAAAGAAACACCUGUUAAUUUCUUCCGGUUGCUGAAUCGAUUGCUGAAGAUAGACUGUGUCCUGACGUAAUGUUAAAUUCUCAAGUAUUUCUCAACAAUUCAUGUAUUGCUUACAGUUUAACUAAAUUACAGAAGAUAACUUAAAUAGUAAAACGUUAAAUUGAUGUUAAAAGUGAAAAAAUGUAAUCAGCCAACUAAAUGCAAUAGAGAUAAAUAAAAUUUCGUUCAUUCUGUUUUCGGUAACUGUUUUGCGACUGUUUUAGUUCUAGCAGAGAGAUGAUAAAUAUUGUGGAUAAGUACUUCAGUUUCAAUCGAACUCUAUUGUUAAUAAUUGGUUUGUGGCCUUAUGAAAAAUCGAAACUUGCUCAACUGCAAGUAAUCUGCAUCUUUAGCAUUCUCAUAACUGGCAUUGUAUUUCAAGUAUGAUAUAUUCUUGUAAUAUAUAAAUAUCAUCUUAAUGUAUGUAUCUACAGAUCCAAUUCAUAUUUAUAAAUUUUUCUAUCAAUUUAAAAUUAAUAUUUUUUGUGAAAAUAUUGUAUUGUACAAUAUUAAUGUUGUACAAUAUUAAUUUUAACUGAGCAAUUAAAUAUAAAGAACCUCUUUGAUUUAUUUCUCAAAUGUAAACAAUAAAUAAAUAAUAAGAUCUUAUUCUUUAUUUAAAAAAUCUAAGUGCGCAUAUACUGCGCAUAUAUACCAGCAUAACAUAACAAAUGCCGUUAUAUAGUAUUUUAUUAUACGUUACUUAUGUUAGAAUUAUAUUAACAGAAAAGAAAAAACUGUAAUUGUAAUUUAUUUUAAAUUUUUACAAGUACAAAAUAAUAAUAAUUAAGAGUAGUUUACAAUAUGUAGUGGUAAGGAAUAAAAACAUUAAAAAAAAUUUCUUACAAAUAGUUAUUAUUUAUAGCUUACAACAAUUUUGACUUCACAAUGUACUACAGAAUUAAUCAUUGAGAUUCUAUCUUCCGCAAUUGCCACCAGCGGUUUUAUCAUAAAAUACAAUGCUUUUUAUGUUAAUAAUGAAACGGUAAAUUGACGAUUUAUUAUAUUUAUUUACACACACACGCACAUACACGUACACAUACACACAAACACACACAUACACACACACAAAUACCUUAAUAUGAAAAAUUAUAACUAUUAAUUUUUUUUUAAACAAGUGAAAAAUAAAGACUUAUUGACACAAUAGGUAAAGUAUUUAAUGGAAGAAGUUCAGCAUAUCUAUGAUGAUUUAACGAACAAUAACGAAAUUGCUAUUAUAGAAAGAUAUGGAAACAAAGCAAAAAGUUAUACAAUUGGUAUUAUAGGCAAGCAUCUCGUUCUGUUUUUCUUCUAUAUUUCUAAUCAUUUACAAUGUUAAAACUUUUAGAAGUAUUUAUAUUGUCUAAGUGAAAUAUUAACGUUCAUAUUUAACAGCAAAAAUAAAGAAGUAAUGAAAUGCCAGGAAGCAUUUUAUUGCUAUAAACUAUUACAUGAAAUAAUAUUAAAAUACUUUAUUAUAUAUAUAGUAUAGAUACAUUAAAGUAUAAAAUUAAUAUACGUUAGAAAGGUAGAAUUUUUUGGGCGACAAUGACGUUUUUUAAUGUAAAAAAUUUACAUUUUAGACUUUACGUAAUAUCUCCGUUUGUCAGGCACAUAAACAAAAAUAAAUAAAAGCUUUUACAAUACAUAUAAUUCAAACCUAAAUUAUUGAUUAGGCCUAGUCAAAAUUUAACCGAUUCAACUAUUAAGAUCUUAUAACUUGGUGUAACAAAUCUUUAAUUCGCAUGUAGAUACAUAAGCCAAUCUCGUACUGCGUGUUUGACGCGAGAUACUAUAAAAACACACACAUAUAUAUAAUUUUGCAUUACAUUAAAAUAUAGAGUAACAUUACAGAGUGUUUAUGAUGACACCUUGUAAUACACAAUAAAUAUAUUAAAUAAAAAAUCUAAUUAUUGUUAAUUAAAUAAAAUUAAAAAUUAUUUAAUAUACAUUUAAAAUAAUAAGAAAAAAAUGGCAACUCACAUAAUAAAGAUUAUGUAAUUAUCUAAAGUAAAUAUGUUUAUAUAUAAGAUAAUUUGAAAUACAUUACUAAGUAUAUUUAUUUUUGUUAAUAUUGUAUAAUGUACGUAGAACUUUAAAUUAGAAAAUUAUUUUAUAUUAUUGUUUAGUGAGUUUCUUUUUUGGCGCAAUUACAUUUGUGGGUAUCCAGUUAUGGUCACAUUUUAUUCAUAUUGUACUAACUGCAAACGUAUCUCGAUCGCGUCGCUUGCAGAUCGCAACUGAAUAUUUUAUUGAUCAAGAAAGAUAUUUUUAUUUAUUGUUCUUCCACAUAAAUACAGUUAUGAUUGCUGGAUGUGUCAUUGUGGGAGCGACAGGGACAAUUCUCGUUGCGUGUCUUUAUCAUGCCUGUGGAAUGUUUAAAAUUGCUAGUUAUCGCAUUGAGAGAGCAAUACAAGCUAACGUAAAAAAUAAUAUUAACUUGCAAAACGAGUUUCUGGCUCAUAAAAGGAUGGUUCGUGCUGUGGAUAUUCAUCGAAAAGCUUUAACAUUUUCUAAUGAUCUAAUAUCCACAUUUGAAAUAUCGUUUAUGCUUUUAAUAGCGGUCGGAGUGCUUAGUUUAAGCUUAAAUAUUUUUCGAGUUUUUCAAAUUGUGUUAUUCGGAUGUAAUAAGGAGGAAUUUUUAGUUAAUUUUGCAAUUGCAGUUCUAAUCACUGUAUAUAUGUUUAUGGCUAAUUUCAUCGGACAAGAAAUUAUAGAUCAUAAUAAUCACAUAUUUGUCACUGCAUAUAAAGUGCGAUGGUAUACAACUCCUUUACGCAUACAAAAGUUGAUACUGUUUUUGCUGCAAAGAGGCAAUAAGAGUUUUGGUUUAUGUGUUGGUGGAUUGUUCGUAGCAUCCUUAGAAUGUUUUGCCACGCUGGCCAAUGCAUCUAUAUCUUAUUUUACUAUUAUGUAUUCAAUGCGAUCAUAAAAAUGUAACUAUCACUUAAUAUUACAAUGAUGAAAAAUGUUAAUAAAAGACAGCAUUAGCUUAUGUCUAAAAAAUAAAUAUUGCAAAUCGUAAAAGAAGUGUAAUAGCAGAAAGCGUUUUAUAAUAUAUGAUGUAAGAUAAUACAUAAUGU